UUGGUUUUUUUUUUAUUUUUUAUUUAUUUUAUAUGGAGUUAUGUAAAUUGGGUUGUGUUGAUAUAUUGAAAUAUAUUUUUGUUAUUUUACUUAAAAGUUUUGAUCAUCAGAGUUUUCAAUCUAGUGUUUUUUUUAAGUUAAUUGUUGUUUUUUUUAACUAUUUUUUGAAUAUGUGGCUUAUUAUUUCCUUUGUUUAGUCCUUGGGCUUGUAUUGGUCUUUUGUUUUUUAUAACUAAUUUCUCUUGGCUAAGUGUACGAACUUUUACUUUAGCUAUAGAUUGAUUUUUAGUAUUUUUUGAAGGCGAUCAUUCUUGAAAUUGCAUUUCUAGGUUAGUGAUAUUUUUUUCUCAUUGAUUAAGAUUUUUGAUAAGGGGGUGGCUCUAACUUUACGUAUUAGAAUUAUUUUUCUGAUUGGUCAUUUUAUGAUAUUUUCUAUUUUGAGAUUAAAUUUAUUUUUAUUAUUUGUUAUUCCUCUUGAGUUAUUUUUUGCUUUUUUGCAAAGUUAUAUUUUUUUAACUUUGGUUUGUAUAUUUUUAUUAAAUAUGGUUUAGUCUGUUAUAAUAGUUUAAGUUUUAGAUUUUU